AUGCCUAACUCAAGCGAGCAGUCGCAUUUUGGUGCCUCUCUGGACCAGCGUGGUCCUGGAUGGAGCGAAGGCCAGACCGUCAGGGCCGCGAGUCCCUGUCACUACUGUGGUACCGUCGCCGGGCGCAGGAAUUCUUUGCCGCUGGGCGGGGGAGAUGGUCGAGCGUGGCUUCACCAUCACCUAGACCUCGGUGAGAAACGGGAUCCGCUUCUCCAGCCCUCCCUGUACCGGCAGAUCCAGCAGGACCGGCAUGAGCAGCAAGUACUGAGGAAGAGCUCUGUGCCAGAUCUGAGCAGCAGCCUCUACGUCAGACAAGUAAUGGCAGGCCGGGCCUCAGCACCACCGCAGGAUUACUACCUGGCUGACGCUACCUUAUCUGGCCAGCCACCUGAAGAGUCUGGGUUUUACAGGGAUAACCGGCAGUUGCUCAGCAGAUCAGCUUCGCAUUAUGGGGGGGUGAGGCCUACCUGGGAUCAAGGACAAGGAAGGGCCACACCUUCCGUGCUGGCCUCUGCUUCUACACCUACCCCCGCACCUCCUCCCCCUCCCCCUCCUCCCCCGCCUCCUCCGCCACCUCCUCCCCCUCCCCUCCACGAGCUGAGCCGUUUGUACCGGGAAACUCUGGGAUCUAAGAUGAUCCCAGACGUCCAGCGUAUUGGUGGCCGCUCUGCCUCUCCUGCAGUCUACGGGGUUCAGCCCCCGCUUCCUGUUUAUGCCGCUGAGCCACCGUCUCUGUCCGCUUGUCCAGCUUAUAACGGUAUCAGCAGCUUUUCCUUGGAACCCCGCCAGCCAGCUGCCACCAGUUCAGUGGUGGACCCAGCUUCUCAGGGAAUGGACGGAGCUCUCCCCCGGGCUUAUGGAGCUGUAGCCUCCCAGAGGCUGCCUUAUGACCCAAACUAUGACCCCAGCUCAGCCAUGGUGGCGGCCACAGCUGGGAUGACCUCCGGCCUGCCUCCUCACCAUCCCAGCGCCGCAGACCCCAAGAAGAUGGUGGACCCUAACUUCUUGGCUUUCCUACGAGCUGAAGGCUUGGCUGAGAGCACAAUUACUCUCCUGCUGCAACAUGGCUUUGAUUCCACUGCCACGCUGGGGAUGAUGGAGGACCACGAUGUCCGGUCUGUGGCCCCGAACUUGGCCCAGGCCCGCGUUCUGUCUCGUGUGGUUCUCGGUUGCAAGACAGGUGCUCCGGCAGCACGCACCCGAUCGAACAGCUUCAGCCACCGCAAUGAUCUCUACAUGCAGCCACAGGGUUUGACUAUGGACCCCAACCUGAUGCAGCAGCCUCCCACCACCAUCCAGACAGUGUCCCCUAGGAUGGGAGAGUUUCUUGGUAGAAGACCCAGCAGCGCGCCCUCCCAACAUCUCCUGGAGACCACCACCUACCCAGGAGCACGGCCCCUGGCAACUGGAGCUUUUCCAGUCAGUCCUGGAGGAUAUAGCAAUGCUGUGACUCAGGGACGACCCUUCUCCAUGUACAAUGCUCACACCGGUCUCGCUAUGUCUGCUCUUGGACAACAGCCUCCACCAGCUCCAGGCACCCCUGGAGCAGCGCCCAAAACCUUCUCUGGCUCCUAUUCUCCCAUAGAGCUAAUGAAGAGAGCCCCCAACCUUCCCCCAGCGUCGCCUGUAGCGGCACCGAGCCCCCUUCACAGCCCACAACUUCUCCGGAAAGGGAUCAGUGCUGCUCCCGAGAGCACCAUUGUUCCCGUUACUUCUUCCACCACUCUCCAAGCGCAAAACCUUAACAACAACAAGAUGGUCGGACGCCGCACUGGUCCACCUGUCAUAGUCUCAACCAUGACCACCACUCCCGACACAAGUAUUCGGCCCCAAAUCAUGAACGGGCCAAUGCACCCGCGCCCCUUGGUGGCCCUGCUGGACGGGCGUGACUGCACCGUGGAGAUGCCCAUCCUGAAAGACUUAGCAACCGUCGCCUUCUGCGACGCCCAGUCCACACAAGAGAUCCACGAGAAGGUGCUUAAUGAGGCGGUGGGAGCCAUGAUGUACCACACCAUCACCCUGACCAGAGAGGACCUGGAAAAGUUUAAAGCUCUACGCAUCAUCAUCCGCAUCGGCAGCGGCUACGACAACAUCGACAUCAAGGCGGCCGGAGAGCUUGGCAUCGCUGUGUGCAACAUUCCCUCGGCAGCUGUGGAGGAGACGGCGGACUCCACCCUGUGCCACAUCCUUAACCUUUACCGGCGAAACACCUGGCUGUACCAGGCUCUCCGGGAGGGCACGCGGGUCCAGAGCGUGGAGCAGAUCCGGGAGGUGGCGUCCGGCGCCGCCCGCAUCCGUGGGGAAACCCUGGGCCUCAUCGGUUUUGGUCGUUCGGGCCAGGCGGUGGCGGUGCGGGCCAAGGUCUUCGGCUUCAACGUCAUCUUCUACGACCCCUACCUGCAGGACGGCCUGGAGCGCUCGCUGGGCGUCCAGCGCGUCUACACCCUGCAGGACCUGCUCUACCAGAGCGACUGCGUCUCCCUGCACUGCAACCUGAACGAGCACAACCACCACCUCAUCAACGACUUCACCAUCAAACAGAUGCGUCAGGGCGCGUUCCUGGUCAAUACCGCACGGGGAGGCCUGGUGGAUGAGAAAGCUCUGGCCCAGGCGCUCAAGGAGGGGAGGAUACGUGGAGCUGCCUUGGACGUCCACGAGACUGAGCCCUUCACGUAGGUGCACUUAUAAAAA